CACCUCAAAUUUAAACAAUGGAAAACAAGAAGAACUUGCUCACCAAUUUUCUCAACUUCAAGUACUUCAUAGUUAAAAUAUUGAGAUAUUUUGGAAAUUACUACCAAUGCCAGCUAUUAAUGAACCAACUGUGAAGAGCUACCUGAGUCUUCUGGUGCAGAAACCAGAAAAUAUUUAAGCAGCUGAAGUUCCUUUACGAAGGAGAUUUGAAAGAAAUCUUAGAAAUCUUCAAGGAUAAUUCAAUAUAUGCUAGUUACAAUCUCAAAGAUGAUGAUCUUCUGGUAGUAAUUCCUCAUAAGAUCCCAAAUAAUCUCAGGAAGCACGUUGGACACCAAUUGAUAAAUAAGCAGAUAUCAAGCAUAAAAUAUGCUGAAUUUAAUAUAAACUGCUACUCUAUGCCAAGCUGUGCCUUUCUUCUUGAAUUCCUAUCUAAAAACACCAGCUUGAUUGGCCUCCUCAUAUUGACCCUCCAAAAGCCUGAACACCCCAAGAACGUUGAUCCCUACUACUACAAAUUCUAUGAACUUUUCAAGAGCCAUCUUCAAGAGCUUUUAAGUUCUGGGAAAGUCCUGAACUAUAAAAUAAUUAGUGCUUCAAAAAUGUAAGAAAUUACUG